GUCCCUCCCGCCGCGCUCGCGCCCUCCUUCUCCUGCUGCGCUCCCGGCUCGGGCCGCGCGCGGGCGGCGCUCCGCAUUGCACACGAGGGGGGCGCCGCAGUGUUCGUGGGAUGGGGCAGUGGGCUGCCUCUGGCGGCAGGGACGCGUGCAGCCUGGGUGCCAGUCCUCUACCACCAUCUCAAGUGCCCACUCUGAGGCCCUCUGUAUGAGUGACAUACCAGACUGCCAUGGAACCUAACCCUGCCCUGGCCUGGCUCCUGCUGCUGAGCCUGGUGGCCGACUGUCUGAAAGCUGCUCAAUCCCGAGACUUCACAGUGAAAGACAUAAUCUACCUCCACCCUUCAACCACUCCAUAUCCUGGCGGAUUUAAAUGUUUCACCUGUGAAAAAGCAGCAGACAAUUAUGAAUGCAAUCGAUGGGCUCCUGACAUCUACUGUCCUCGAGACACCAGAUACUGCUAUACUCAGCACACCAUGGAAGUCACAGGAAACAGUAUCUCUGUCACCAAACGCUGUGUCCCACUGGAGGAGUGUUUAUCCACAGGCUGCAGAGACUCGGAGCAUGAUGGCUACAAGAUCUGCACCUCCUGCUGUGAAGGAAAUAUCUGUAAUCUACCGCUCCCUCGAAAUGAAACUGAUGCCACAUUUGCCACCACAUCGCCUAUCAAUCAGACGAGUGGGCACCCACACUGUGUGUCAGUGAUUGUGUCCUGCUUGUGGGUGUGGCUGGGACUCACCUUGUAGCAACCCUCUCUACCAAAUGUCGAUGAGCUCUGUGGGUUUCACCAUGGCCCAUAGUCAUGCAUGAGUCAUUGGCUUGGCAGUAGUGACACAGUGCAACCACAGCACCCCCAGACUGUCAUCACAGACAGAUGUCACCGCAGCCAGCCAUUACCAUUACCAUUACCAAGAAGAGCAAACAUUGCUUCUCUGCUCUCGUUUCCAGCCUAACCACAGUCUCAUCUGAGUCAGCCUGUCCCCCAAUAUAGACCCUGAUUUCUAUACCACAAACCUGUGAUUUUGCUCCAAGCAAGAGUUCUGCAUUUAUUAAGUUCUGGGGUUCUUGCUUCAGAAUCCAUGCAUGAGCUGCAGGAGGCCCCGAGCCCUCUGAGGAGUAAGCUAUGGAUGCAGGAGAUAUUCAUUCUUUUCAGGAAAAGAGUAAAGAACCAUUGUCUUAAUUGCAAUCACACCUGCACCCAUGGCUUUAGAAGUUUAAAAGGUUAAAUCCGAAGUAAAUGGAAUAGUUUCUUUGAGAUUCAGAUGGAGAGUUGAAAGAGCUUUUGCUCAAUUUAAUUUCACCAGUCUUCUUAUCUUAACAUUGGGAAACAUGUUCCUUCUGCUUUUUGUAGAAGAUUUAAAAAAAAAAAAAAAAAAGGCAAUUAUAAAAGUUUGUUGUAUUUGUAGGAAUGAAAAGAGAAAGAUCUCCUCUAACUUGAUGAAAUUAGCAUCCACAAGAUGCCGUUAUCCCUUCUUAUAAGGGGACAGAUUGGCCUUGACUGGGAACUAAUUAUGCUUCCUGAGUUCCUGGAUUCCAACUGGGCCAGUAGCAUCUAAAAAAUUGCUAAUGGUAGGAUUAUUUUCUCCAGGUGUUGCAUUCUAUUCAGAUAUAGCUGAUCUAGUCAGAGAGAGGACUUCAGAAUAACAGGAAGCUCUGUGGAGUUGAGUCUUAGCUUGUUUUGAGGGCUCAGCAAAGGCUAAGCAAAAUUCUGUCUUUCCACAGUAUUUACUGCCAAAGAGCUGUCUCUUUCCACAACCACAGUGACUUUAAAGAGAAAGUUCCAAGUUACCAUCUCAUUAGAUCAGUAAGAUAAGAGCACGAAGGUGCUAGGAUGAGAAAAAGGUGGAUUGUAAGUAGUAUGGUGGCUUAAGGAGUAGGUUUUAUUUCUCUCAGCUACUGUUUUUGAAGAAGAAAAGGCUUUCAUUGUCCUUCGUGUAUUUUUUUAACUUAAGAAAUUAUGUUUGUUUUCUUCUCCCAUGUAAAUUCUUUAAAUAACAUUUAUUUUUGUAUGGUAUAAAUUGAAAACUAUAUUUCAAAAGAAUUCUUUCUUUUUUUUUUCUGAGCAAAAUAUCAGUUAGAAUACUUGCUUUCAACAGCAGUAGGGAUUGUCAUCGUUCCUGUCUAUGGGAAGUUAUCUGUGAUCUUCUCUUCGUACUGAUGCUGAAAAAGUCAUUGUGCUACGAACAAGAGUUUUGCAUUUCCCUCAAGGGUUUGACUCAUCGCCUCCCCAGAAAUGUUACCUAAGAAAUAUUAGUGUGGAGGCUAUCACUGGUAUGACUGUCUUUGCAGGGCUGUGGGGUGUGUCCACAGGGAACUUGGCAGAGCUAUGUCUUGAAGAGGUCAAUAAUGUUAAAAUAUAUCUGCCCUGCACAGGGAACUUUAGCUCAAAUGAGACCCCCCUCAGGGACCAAUGGCAGAAACUCUGAUGCAAAUCAUUGAAGUUGCAUCACACAGCCUUAAUGAAGAGUUUGGCAGGCUUAUCAAUUUCUUGCUUGUAACUGCGGAUGGGAGAGCAGGAGAGAAAGACCUGUAAUAAGCACCUCUUAUGUGCCCGGCACUUUGCUAAGCACUUUACAUAGUUAGGCCAUAUAACCCUACAUCAAUUCUGUAAGAACAGAACAUAUUGAUGUGUACAAAUGAAGGUUCCCAAGGCUCAAGGAAGUUUGAUAAAUGAAGCCUUUUCCUUCAGAUUUAGUUUAUGUGAGAUGUGACAUGUUUGGAAACAAACAGGGGAGGGGGGAUGGAAUUUCUCAGCUAGGAAAACCUCUAGGCCUGACUUCAUGGGAAUUUCCCCAUCUUAUCAUGUAGAACAACGUAUCCUGCUUCUCAGGAUAACAUUUGCAUGUGUCCCCAGUUGUCACUUUUUCUUUGGGGAGUAAAGUUAUAGCUUCCAUAUUUAUCCUCUGGUAAAGAGAGGAGAUAGUUGACCUUGCAUCUAAAGAUGCUAUAAGACAAUGAGAAUUUGAUGUUGUACAUGUCUACAGGUACCGGGUUUUUUUUUUUUUUGUGCAUGGUCACAUUCGGCUGACAUUUGCCAAGUCUGCAUGCAGUCUGAACAAGAGACAAGGGACUGACCACACGAGAGCCUCCCUGGCUGGUUUUCAGGGAUUGGGUUCUCAAGGGUACAAACUGUCCUCACCUGGGGAGUAAAUGCAGCCAUUGUACACAUGUGCUGCACACAUCCAUAAUGCCUUUCAAAGUCUUUUUAAUUCUCUUAAAAGAAUGUGGAUUUGCUCACCACCCCCAGCCUCAAGAAGCCAAGGAAGGUCCAGGACGAGUUAUCCAUGUGACUGUUGUCACUUUAAACUUUCCAUUAAACCUCACCAUUGGUGAUGGCUUAAAAUGCAAAGAGCCAUGAUGUGUAUAUUAACCUAUGUUCUACAUAUUUAUUUUGGACUUUCUUCAACAUCUAUGUUAGUAUGGGAUUAAUGCCUAAAUGUAAAUAUUGUACACUUUGUAAAUCAAUGAAUAAAGAUUUUAAGUGUGUUUCA